AUGGUGUUCACCCCGCUGGUCCCUCCUCAGCGAACCCUCGAAUCGGCAAUGUCUGCGCCUGGGCGACGGCUCCGCACUGAGAGGAGUUCCACUAUUGCUUUGGCUGCUCUCUUCGAGUACUAUGAAGACUGCCUGAGAGAGGACACCGUGCGCGGUUCGAGGUCCCGACGACCGUCGUUACCAGUUAUUCACCAACAGGCUGUUCUCAACACUACGGUGACGAAUUCUGCGGCUAGUGCGAUGAGUAGUGUGGGACAUACAAAGGCUCGACGUCCUUCUUUGGUCGAAUUCCACGACGCGAUUCGCUACCACGCCGUGGAUAUUGAAGGACCUGCAUACAUGGUGGCGCACUUUCCGGAUUGUGACGAUACAUCGGAGAAAAUUCUUGUCGAGCCUGGGCUUAAGCUGUAUCAGGUCUUCGAAGAACCUCUGCGAUCUCGUGGAUUAAACGUGAACGACGUCGAAAUUUUCGUUGAACGCAGUUCAUCGGCCAUACCCGAAAAUGCAGACGUGCGUUUCCUCGCUGGUAGAAAUGUGAUCGUUAAAGGUCGACCAGGAAUGCGAGUCGGCCGUCAUACGCGCGCUACUCUAUCCAUGGAUGAAGCGGCAGCGAGCGAGCGACCUAGCCGUAAGAUGAGCGCCGACGCUGUCAGCAGGAAGAGCUCAUUCGUCCACUCACGCAUGAUGCAAAAAGCGAGGCAGGAUUACCGCAUGCAUUCAACCGAUGAAGCCGAUGCAAGGGGCAGCGACAGCUCGCUGAAAGAUACUGCUAUGGAUGAACCCUCCUGUUCCUUAACUGUCGAUGACGGAGGAACUCGUCGAGCUCGCUCGGUCACAUCGAGUCGUAUCAGCCUGUUUUUCGCCAAGGAGAAAGAAAUGUUGAACAAGCUGAAUGAGAUGAAGGAACGGACAGAACCCCUUUCCAGCAUAAUUCCAGAAAUUGAAAGCCAUUGGACGGAAAUCGUCGCUGAUCGCGGAUCGUUAACACGGCGUCACGUAGACCAGCAGGAAGCUAUAUGGGAAAUUGUGACCACCGAGUAUCGGUACAUCCAGGUGCUCAAGAACAUGCAUGACUUGUCCUGCUAUUUCGUCGAGCUGCAGAAAAUUGGCUAUUUUAAAGACAUAAGUGUGGCAAGAGUUUUCUUGAACUACUCGGAGCUUUUCACUGUGAACGUCAUAUUCUGGCGGCGUGCUAUACAACCUCUUCUGGAGUCUUCGAGGCAAUCUCACAAACCGUUGGAUCCAGUAAUGUUGAUGAACGGGUUUGAGGACAUCAGCGAGUGGUCUAAAUGCUAUAUUCCUUUCAAUCUUGGACAUGAUGAUAGCCAUACUUACGUCCAGAAGAAACAGAAGGACAACGAAAUUUUUCGCGAAUUUGUACAGUGGGCGGAAUCGCAGGAGUCGAUGCGGCGGCAGAAACUAUGCGACACUUUGACGAGCCCAAUGCAAAGGCUCACAAGAUACAGUCUUUUGUUGAAGGCGGUGCUUUCGAACUCAACUGACGAUCGCGAGCGCUUAAUUAUUCAAACAAUGAUCGACCGAACAGAUGCAGCCACUCAGCAGCUGAAUUUCGAACUUAACAACAACGAUCUUCGACUGCAAAUGGCCGAAAUUAUGAAGAGCAUAGACGGCUAUGAUGCCGUUGAUUCGGAAGAGUUCGAGAAGCUAUUCCCCAAUCGGCGGACAACGCUGGACCUCAUGGCUCCAAUGCCACUUUUGCCUGGACCACCACAAUUUAGGCGAGUCAUUCACCGCGGCAACUUGAAAGUGCGAGAAAGUCGGCAAGGCCCGAAGGUGGAAAUGCACUGUUUAUUAUUCACCGACAUGCUCCUGCUCUGUAAAACAUCGAACAAACGAACGGAUAAAGGUCUUCGUGUAGCUCGACCUCCCAUUCACGUAGCUCAUAUGAUCUACCAUCCAUUCAACGAUGCCAGUGGAUUUUUUAUCAUAUGCAUGAACGAAUUCGAUGCUCCGUCCAGCAUUUACUUAAUGCAUACUACAGAUGAAAAGGAAACUCGACGAUGGUUGGAAAUGAUCAACAUCACUAGCAACGAGUUCAAGCGGCUACAAGGUAGACAUAACGAUUUUGAGAAUCCGCUGUAUGAAUUGCGAAAAGGUCCGUCUUGGCAGCAAAAUUAUUUGCCAUCGGCCAUAACGCAUCGCAAGAGUAGCAGCAUGGAUUCUCAAGUGGUUGCCGCCCACGCUCACAUGAGUCAUAUGCAUCGUGCCGCCACCGUUUGCUCAACUGAGCAGCUUGACAGGAACCCUGAUCGGGUAGACUCGCCGAAUCGUCUACCUCCUAUCCACAAACUCAGUGUGGCCAGCUACCCAUUAUGUAGUAGCAAAAGUAGUGUUGAUUUGCAUAUGACACUCGGUACAGAAGGUUCAUCAGCUUCUACGGAGCAUCAUCCUUUCCCGCGAUCAAGAUCGAACUCCUCUGAUCCAGAGUUGGAUGGCAAAUCGUCGCGCAGUCCUUCACCUCGAAGAAAAGAAACUGUGAUAAGAUUAACUGAGGAGGCGCAAGAAGUCUUGCAUCAACAUGCCAAAACAAAACCCGAUAUUUCCACUGCGACAGAAGAGCUUGGUGAUACAUGUGCCGUAGCUGAAGAAGAGCUUGCACAACCUCAUGGUCGACGCUUUGAGAAGCGGUACCACACGGCGGAUGGAAUCGAUGUUCUGAAGCCAAAAGGUGCAAUGUUGCAAGGUGGUAUUUUGAAGAGGUUCUCCUGGAAUGUCAGUUCUGCAGUUGGAGCGAGCAGUCGCAAAAUUUCAGCCAGGCUAGGAGAGCACAGCCGUCGCCACUCUCAAGCGUCGACUGCAGCAUCAUCCGAGUCGUUCGGGAGCUCGACGUCUGGAAUCUCUUCUUCGUCCUCACACGCCGACAAUGAGAGCAUAAAGGCACACAUUUCCACCAUCGCUAUCAACGACGAAGACGCGACGACUGGAAUGUUUAAUAUCAAACUGGAUGUACAAGACGACCUCAGCGAUUCAACAACGAUACCAUCUGUGCAGCAACCUCUGCAAGUUACUCCUCCUCUGCCUAAUUUACCCCCUCCACAUGCUGAAAAUGGACAAAAACAUCAGGACUUACUAAGAUUUAUCAUGGAAAAUCACUUGGAAACCUCAGACGUGUAA